AUGACAGAAGAAGACGAACAAAAGACCGCGAUUAUGCGAAAAGCAUUCCAGAUGUUUGACACCACCAAGAGUGGCUUUAUUGACACUAUUAAGAUCUCCACGAUACUGAACACUAUGGGUCAGUUGUUCGACGAUGCAGAGCUCAAUGCCAUCAUUGAGGAAAACGAUCCCGACCGGGUCGGUAAAGUUAAUUUUGAUGGCUUCUGCAAAAUCGCUGGAAGGUUCUUGGAGGAAGAAGAUGCCGAGGCGAUGCAGGAAGAGUUGAAAGAAGCCUUCCGUCUUUAUGAUCGUGAGGGAAACGGUUAUAUCACCACUGCGACGCUCAAGGAAAUUUUAGCGGCUCUUGAUGACAACCAAGUUCUCUGGGACCCUGAUUAA